UGGGUUAAAGGCUGCUCCCUCCCCCGGGCGCUCCUCCUGCAGCUGCGCCUGUGCCCAAGCUAUGAUGGCCCUGUCUCCACUCCUGCCGUGCCUGCCUUUCCUGCCGGUGCUGUUGUUGCUGCUCCAUUUCCCCGCGGCGGCGCCCGCGUCCCUGCUGGACGCACUCCCCGAGGGGUCGGCCCUCUGCAAGCAGGCCGGCGACCUUUGCCCGCAGAUGCUCCUCAGAAAAUCCUCUUCGCCACCUGUCAACGUGAGCCUCUACUAUGAGGCGCUGUGCCCAGGCUGCCGGGGCUUCCUGGUUCGAGAGCUCUUCCCAACAUGGCUGAUGGUCCUAGAGAUCCUCAAUGUCACUCUGGUGCCCUAUGGAAAUGCCAAGGAACAGAACGUCAGUGGCAAAUGGGAAUUCACGUGCCAGCACGGGGAGGAGGAGUGCAAGCUUAACAAGGUGGAGGCCUGCCUGUUGGACCAGCUGGAGAAGGACAUAGCCUUCCUGACCAUUGUCUGCUUAGAGGAAAUGGAUGACAUGGAGAACAAUCUGAAGCCGUGCCUGCAGAUCUAUGCCCCAAAGGUGUCCCCCGACACCAUCAUGGAGUGUGCAAUGGGGGACCGUGGCAUGCAGCUCUUGCACAUGAACGCCCAGCUAACCGAUGCUCUACAGCCGCCCCACGAGUAUGUGCCUUGGGUCGUCGUCAAUGGGAAACCCUUGGAUGAUAUGAGCCAGCUCCUAUCCCUCGUGUGCCAAUUGUACCAGGGUAAGAAGCCAGAUGUCUGUCCAUUCAUGACCAGCUCCCAUAGGGACGUCUGCCUCAAGUGAUAGCUGUUGCACUUGGAGGGAGCUGAUGAAGAUUGAGCUCCAUUUUUCUGAUCCUGACUCAGUGGCUUGUCAUCCAGAUAACUUACACAUUCCAUUCCAUGAAGCCCAGCCUCAACAUUUUGCCCCAAGAUCAAGAAUCUUGUCCCACUGAGAAUGGUGCUAUGUUAGAAUCAAUUUAAUAAACACUUCUGGAUGUUGUAACAUCUCUCCAUCCCCCACCCCCA